GUCCCUGCACACGAACAGGAACCACGCCGCUGCUACGUCCCGAGCGGCCGAGCCCCGCAGAGAAAGAACGCCUCGCAUGCAACUGCUCAAACCGAAGGAAGCCGCCACACUCCCGCGCGAGGCCCUCGAGGCCCACAUCGUCUCGCUGGUCCGCCGAUGCCCGGGCCUCCUCGCGCUCCGCAGCGCGCACGCGCACCUCACGCGGCUCCGCCUCCCGCGCCUCACCGCCGCCUUCGCGCUCUCGAAGCUCCUCGCCUCCUGCGUCUCGGCGCCCGCACCAGCCGCAGCCCAAGCCGCGGCGUCCUCCUACGCCCGCAACCUGUUCGACCAAAUCCCCGACCCGACCGCCUUCUGCUACAACUCCCUCAUCCGCGCGCUCCCCGCCGCGGGCUCCGCUCCCGCCCUGGCCGUCUACCGCCGCAUGCUGCGGGCGGGGUCCCCGCGUCCCAACAGCUUCACGCUCGCGUUCGCGCUCAAGGCCUGCGCGGCCGUGCCAGCUCCUGGCGAGGGACGGCAGCUGCACGCGCAGGCGCUCCGCCAGGGGCUAGCGACUAGCGCCUACGUGCAGACCGGGCUGCUCAACCUCUACGCCAAGUGCGAGCAGGUUGCGCUUGCGAGGACUGUGUUUGAUGGCAUGGCCGGGGACAAGAAUCUUGUCGCUUGGAGCGCGAUGGUCAGUGGGUACUCGAGGGUGGGGAUGGUGAAUGAAGCGCUGGGGCUGUUCCGGGAGAUGCAGGCGGUGGGUGUGGAGCCGGAUGAGGUCACCAUGGUCAGUGUGAUAUCCGCGUGCGCCAAGGCAGGGGCACUUGAUCUGGGGAAGUGGGUGCAUGCUUAUAUCGAUAGGAAAGGUAUCACCGUCGAUCUAGAGCUGAGCACCGCUUUGAUUGAUAUGUAUGCUAAGUGUGGGUUGAUAGAGCGGGCGAGAGGAGUGUUUGAUGCGAUGGUGGAGAAGGAUACCAAGGCAUGGAGCGCAAUGAUAGUUGGAUUUGCAAUUCAUGGGCUUGUAGAGGAUGCAUUGGGACUUUUCUCAAGAAUGCUAGAGCUCAAGGUGAGGCCUAACAAUGUCACCUUUAUCGGUGUGCUGUCCGCCUGUGCUCAUAGUGGGUUAGUGGAAGAUGGACGGCGGUAUUGGUCCAUUAUGCAAAAUUUGGGAAUUAAACCUUCAAUGGAGAAUUAUGGCUGCAUGGUUGAUCUCCUGUGUCGAUCUGGCCUUCUGGAUGAUGCUUACUCCUUUGUUAUUGGCAUGCCUGUCUCACCGAAUUCAGUAAUCUGGAGGACACUUCUCGUGGCUUGUAAAAGCUCGAACAGGAUUGACAUAGCAGAAUCAGCAACAAAGAGGCUCCUUGAGUUAGAACCUCACAAUCCAGAGAACUACGUUCUGCUCUCCAACUUGUACGCAUCCAACUCCCAGUGGGACAGAGUGAGCUAUCUGAGGAGAAAGAUGAAAGGCAAGAAUGUUACUGCUAUUGCUGGACGUAGUUCGAUUGAAAUAAACGGCCACCUGCAUGAGUUUGUGGUGAGUGAUGAUUCACACCCUGAAAUCAGGGAGAUAAGGCUGGUUCUCAGAGAGAUGGCGGAUCGAGUGCGACGAGCUGGCCACAAACCUUGGACUGCAGCCGUUCUGCAUGACGUCGGUGAAGAGGAAAAGGAAGCUGCGCUUUGUCAACACAGUGAAAGGCUAGCCAUCGCAUAUGGGUUGCUAAAGACAAGAGCCCCUCAUGUCAUUCGGGUGGUGAAGAACUUGAGGUUUUGCCUUGAUUGUCAUGAAGUGGCCAAAAUAAUAAGCAAGGCAUACAACCGAGAAAUCGUCGUUAGGGAUCGUGUUCGUUUCCACAAAUUUAUGGGAGGAAGUUGUUCCUGUAAGGACUUUUGGUGAUCUUUUUUUCUUUUCUUAUUAAUAUAAUAGCAAACUAGGUGAGUGCCCGUGCGUUGCAACGGCAACAUAUAAUAUC